AUGGCGUCGCUUCUGAGACAGGAGUGGUACCUCAUGGAGUUGAUGAUGGACAAGUUGCGACCAUCGAGAGUCACCUCGGCGCAGCCGCAGGUGAUCCUGUCCCGCCAGGUGGAGCUGCCGUGGCAGGGGGCGACGGAGUUGGAAGUACAAUCGAGCUCGAGGGUGACGCCGAGGAGCGCCACGAAUCUCAGCCCGCUCCAGUGCGAGCACGACGGGGGCCGAAGGAACCUACCCAGGCUGAGAUCGAGCAACGCGAAGCAGCAGGUCACGCACCCUUCAGAGACUGGUGCGACUGCUGCUUGGCUGGGCGUGGGCGCGCCGAUGGUCACCCAGCGGGUGGAGUCGGGCCAGUCCGUGCUCCCCAUCCUCGUCGGCAUCGGCUCAGCCACCUCGCGGGUCAGCGCCGACGUCCUCCCGUCCAAGGGCAUCCAGCAUGAGUGCAACGUGGUCCGCGCCCUCUGCCAGGUGGAGGCGACCGGCCGCCCGAAUAUCGUUUACAAGUCUGAUGGUGAGGGUGCCUUGGUGACGCUCAAGCGAGAGGCGACGAUCCGCCUCAGGAAUCUGAAGUUCGAGGUACUGCCCGAGGAGGCGCCGGCCUACGACAGCGCCAGCAACGGCCUGGCAGAGGUUGCAGUGAGGGAGGUCAAGGGCGCAUCACGGUCUCUGCGAGUCGCCCUGUCCCUGCUGCACGGCACAGACAUCCCGAACGACCAUCCAGUGUUGACUUGGCUGGUUGCUCACGCUGCAGGGUGUAUCAAUCGCGGCAAGAUCGGCGCCGAUGGACGGACGCCGCGCGAGAGGCACAAGGGCAUGGCCUUCCGCAAGGUGCUGCCGCCUUUCGGUGAGAUCAUCGUGUUCCUCCCGAGUGCGAGGCGCGACACCAAGUUCGAGGAGCGCUGGAAGAUUGGAGUCUUCCUGGGCGUCAUCGAGAAGUCGAGCGAGAUGCUCGUCGGCUACGACGGCAGGCCGAGGGUUGUGCCAGAGCAGGUUCCAGCUGAACCUCGGAACGUGUACGUUCGCAGGAACGUGGAGCUGGCCAAGCACGGUUUCACAGACGGGCGCCCGGGCUGCCUAGCGGCCCGCGCCAACGCACCAGCCAAGGCCCACAGCUCGGAGUGCCGUGAGCGCAUCCAGCAGGCCAUGGCGAACGACCCGGAGCUUGCCCCCGAGUCUUCGGAGCGGCGGCUCGCCAGCUGGAGGCUGCUGACAGGGCGCCUGCGCGCCAGGAGGGCGCGAGCUCCGGGGCACUGCCUCAGGCAGCCAGCCCGGCUGAGGCGCCGAUGGGGAUCGAGCGACCUGGCCGACGAGCUGCUGAGCGUCGAGGCAUCGAGGCGCCGCCUCGCGGCGACAGGCGGUCCAGCACCCCUCGCGCCAGCGAUCAGCGGCGAGCAGCCGAGGACGCCCGCGCAGGCGCCAGCCACGCCUCAGGCGCAGGCUGCUGGGUCGAGCGGGCUCCUCCAGGCGCCGCCUGGAGCUGGGGAUGCCAUGGGCGCGGACUCCCUGGAGCUCUGCGCGCUGCUGGCGGCUUUCGGCGACUGGAGGGUGGCCGUCAGCGAGCUGCGCGGACCAGGACGGUUCACAUCUCGGUCGAGUGCGUUCGACCUCGAGCCCGGCACAGCCUGCGACAUCAGGACCGGCUACGACUUCAGCCAGGAGGGCGACAGGCAGCGGGCGCAGGCCACCAUCGAGCUGGAACAGCUCCUGCUGAUCACUGGCAGCCCGAUGUGUGCGCCGUGGUCGGACCUGCAGGCCCUUAACGUCAUCCAGGGUGUGGACGUCAACGCCAUCAUGGAGCGAGGCGUUGUCCACCUGGUCUUCUGUGCCGAGCGCUGCAAAGAGCAGAUCAAGGCUGGCCGCCUCUUCUUGCACGAGCAGCCAGCAUCAUCGAGGAGUUGGCGUCUCUGGAUGAUCCGAGAGAUCGCCGAGAUGGCAGGAGCACACUACGUAGAGUGCGAUCAAUGUGCGCAUGGGUUGUGGUGCACCGAUGCUGUCGGCCCGGCGCUUGUCAAGAAGCCCACGGGAUGGUUGACCAACUCCGCCGAGAUAGCCCGAGAGCUGACGCGUCGGUGUCCUGGGUGUGCUAGGCAUUGCCAGACGGUCGGCUUAGGUCGGCGUGACAUGCGCAUCAUCGAGCGGUACCCACCGAAGCGUGUGGCUGCGGUGCUGCGUGGGCUGCGUCGUGAGGCGAUUGCCCGCGGCCAGCUGGGUGCGCUGGAGGCUGGGCCGCACCUGGGCGAGCCGCCGAUCUGGGACGCCUACCCCGAGUACUACACGGAGAUCGUCCACAACAUCAGCGGGGCCGCUCUGGACCCCGAGCUCGUGGCAGCUGGCCGCAAGGAGGAGAUGGAGUUUCUCCGCGGCCUGGGCGCCUACGUGUACGACACCAAGCAGCGCUGCCGCGAGGAGACCGGGCGCGCCCCGGUGCCCAUGAUUUGGGUUGACGUCAACAAGGGUGACGACCGCAAGCCCAACGUCCGCUGCAGGCUGAGCGUGGCGGAGACACGCUACCGCACGAGCAUGGACUUGGGGGGCCCCUCGCAGACGUUCAGUGCGACACCCCCGUAUGAGGCUCUCAGGAUGUUGAGUUCCUUCUGCUGCUCGCCCAGGGACGCCGAGGAGGACCAGCACGUCCUCAUGUUCCUGGUCGUCACUAGAGCUCACCCGCACUGCGAGAUGAAGCGGAAGUUGUGGGUGAAGCUUCCUGCGGAGGAUCCUCGUUCAGCUGACCCCAGCGUGUGCGGGCUGCUGGUCAGGUGCCUCUACGGUUGCUGCGACGCGGGCCAGAACUUCGAGCUGUUGGUCCGUGAGACGCUGGAGGGCAAGAUGGGCUUCUCCUGUGGCGUGUGGUAUCCCUGCAUAUACCGCAGAGGCGACGGCAAGCUCGCGGCCUACGUCUACGGCGACAACUUCGCGCUGAAGGGCUCCCGCGCCGACAACCUGGAGUUCUACCGCGAGCUGCAGAAGUGCGCGUGGGCCAAGCUCGAGGGCGUGUUGGGACCCAACAAGAGUGCUGGUGAUGUUCAGGAGGUGGUCUGCCUGAACCGCGUCUUCUGCUGGACCUCGAGAGGUGAUGUGGAGCUCGAGGCUGACUCCCGCCGCGCGCUCAUCAUGAUGCAGCAGCUGAACCUCUGGCGCGGGUCCAAGGCCCUCUCGACGCCAGGAGUGAAGGCCAAGAGCGUGGACCGCGGCAGGGUCCUGGAGGGCGAGGAGGCGACUCGCUACCGCAGCCUGGUCAUGCGAGCCAGCUAUCUCAGCGAGGACCGCCCGGACAUCAAGUACGCAGUCAAGGAGGCAGCGAAGUGCAGGCGCGAGCCGUGUGAGCACGGCAUGGAGCUAGUCAAGAGGAUUGCCAGGUAUCUCCUGGGCCGUCCGAGGCUGGUUCAGAGAUUCCGACGCCAGCGAGGGUCAGGUGUGCUCAAGGGCUUCUCGGACAGCGACUUCGCCGGCUGCCUGGGGACAGGGAAGAGUACGAGCUGCGGAGUCUUCCAGCUGGGAGAUCACAUGAUCCGAGUCUUCAGUGCGACCCAAGGCAGUGAGGCUCUCAGCUCAGGUGAGGCCGAGUGGCAUGCUCUAGUGCACACUGCGUCCUGCGGGAUCGGCCUGGUCUCGUUGGCGCGCGACAUGGGAUACGAGCUGGAGCUACGUUUGGCUGGCGACGCUACGGCCGCCAGUGGGAUCGCGCACCGCCGAGGGGCAGGGCGCAUCCGACACAUCGAGACAAAGACUCUCUGGCUCCAGCGUCAUGUAACCAAGCGUCGUGUCAUCCUUUCCAAGACGCUCGGCAAAGUCAACGUGGCAGAUCUCGGUACGAAGCAUCUGGCGCAAAAGGAGCUGGAUGAGAUGCUGGGACUGCUGGGAUUUUUCGUGGCUGCGGGCAAGUCUGACCCUUCUCUCGCGGUCGCAGGCAACUUGCUUGAGCCUGACCUAGCUUGCGAGCCCGAGGGCAAAGAAGAGGUGCAGGCGUGA